AGCGGGCGUCGCAGCCUGGAUCAUCCAAGGCCGAGUCCUCUCUUGCCGUAGAGCGACUGCAAUGUUUUGCGCUUGCUGCGCCAACGGGGCAGAGAUUCAAGAAGUGGCGGAAAUCCCGGCGCUACCUAUCUUGAGCGCGGAUCAGACUCGGGAGGAAGAAAAGAUUGAUGAGAAGAGCAAGGAAGAGAAGCCUGACAAGAAAGAGGCUCACAAAGAGCCGGUUGAGGAGGUCAAAUUGCCAGCAAAGUCCAUCACUGGCACCGGAUCCUUCACCGUGACGGUGCCCGUCAAGGACCACUCCACGCUGGGCUUGGACGUUGAUUUGACUGAUGAGCUCGCCGGGCCCAUGAUCAUUGAGGUGAAGAAGGGCGCGAUUCAGAGCUUCAACGAGAAGAACCCGGGGCAGGUUAUCCAGCAGUACGAUCUCAUGACUACCUUGGAUACCGUCAAGGGCACCGCGGCCAUCUUCGAGAGGCUGAAUGGGAAGCUACCGCAGGAGUCGGCCACGAUCAGCUUCAUGCGGCCCAGACAAGUGAAGGUGACCGUGUCCAAGCCUGGGGGGUUGGGCAUGAAGCUGGACUACAAGACUUCAUCCGUUGGCGCCGUGGUGAGCGAGCUGAUCGACUCAGGACUCAUUUCCAAGUGGAACAAUGAGCAUCCUGCAGAUGCUGUGUCCAUCGGUGAUCGUAUCAUCGAGCUCAAUGGGAAGAAGCUGUUAGGUCUGGAGUUGGUGGACCAGAUCAAGAAAGAGAGCAAGCUUACUCUGACCGUCCUCAAGUACUGAGAGCCAUACGAAAUAGAGCUGUUUGCUUCUCUGCGGAAGACUCACCUUUUUAAUAUGUGAUUUUUGACGCAGGAUGCACUGUACCAUGAUUUCUGAACUCGGCGCAGCUUUUGAGUGACCGUGCAGUUCUCAAAGAAUUGCGUGGUGCUCGGACGAGCUGACAACGUUGCUUGGCCAGGCAUGGAACUAUGGGAACCUUCUGAUUCUCUGCUUGUUGGCCAGGCAAUUCGCGUGGCAUUUGUACGCGUUUUGCACCCCAUGCCAUAGUGAGUAGUGUGUCGACCAUUUCUCCGGAAGUUGUUUGCUCGAUGCUUUUUUGCGCAAGUCAGUGGUCACUUGCCUCAAGAUGGUGCCUUGCUCAGGUGCUCAUGUUUGUUCCCCCAGGCUACCACCUUAGCUGGACCGCAAGGAUGGAAAUCUGGCACCAAAAGGGAUGCAAGUGGGAAGGCAAAGCUCUCCGCAAAUUCGACAUGCACUCCACCCGCAAACCGUUCCUCGGAG